AUGCGGAGGGAGGUGACGCACCGGAGACCCAGAUCGCUCGGCUGCCCGCCCGACCCCCAGCAAGGCCCAGACCGCAGCAGGCGCCUCCGGCCCUCGUCUACUUCUGAUUCUCUGGCAGGUGGAGCCCAUGAAGGCCUGCAGCACUUGGGUCCUUUCGGUAACAUCCCAAACAUCGUGGCAGAGCUGACUGGUGACAACAUUCCCAAGGACUUCAGUGAGGAUCAGGGCUACCCAGACCCUCCAAAUCCUUGUCCUGUUGGAAAAACAGCAGAUGAUGGAUGUCUCGAAAACACCCCUGACACUGCAGAGUUCAGUCGAGAAUUCCAGCUGCACCAGCACCUUUAUGAUCCAGAACAUGACUACCCAGGCUUGGGCAAGUGGAACAAGAAACUCCUUUAUGAGAAGAUGAAGGGAGGACAGAGACGCAAGCGGAGGAGUGUCAACCCAUAUCUACAAGGACAAAGACUGGACAACGUUGUUGCAAAGAAGUCGGUCCCCCAUUUCUCAGAGGAGGAUAAGGACCCAGAGUAAAGUGAAGAUGCUGGGUGGACACCCACACUGCCCAUUAGGCCUCAGUAUUGCUUAUGCGCACGUGUUAUUAGAACCCUCAUGAAUGGCAGCGUGUUUCUAGUUUAGACAAAUAUGGAUAAAAUAUUUUGUUAUUGCAUUGUCUUUCCCACUGAUAUCUCUGCUUUCUGCUAAAUUAGAAUAUGAGCUUUUUUUUUUAAUGUGGAUCUGCAGUGAACAUUAAAAAUAAAGCAUAUAUGUCAACAAUAAUAAAAAGCAAGAUGAAUGAAAUGCCCUCAGAUUUCUUGCAGUUUAGAAUAGUGCUUUGGGCCACACUGUUUGGGCCAAGUCUGUAAAAAGCUGGCAUUUGCUUUUGAUGAUGUUGUUUCCCCAGCCCUGGGCGUUGUCACACACCAAUAAAAAAGAUUGUACAUGAGAGGAGGAGCUGACACAUUUCACUUGGCUACAUCUUAAUAAAUGUAUAUGCAAGCAUU